UUGGGACAAUACGUAAUUAUUCUUAAUUUUAUAUUUUCGUAUAGCCCUCCAAAUCCCCCAAAACUUGAGGAUUUUGAAGUUGCCAGGAAAUUAGGCGAAGGAAAAUUUGGUUUUGUUUAUUUUGCCAGGACCAAAUGUAAUAAGGUUCCAUGUGCCCUUAAGGUCGUGUCCAAGAAGGAAGUUGUUCGUUGUCGUGUAGAGCAUCAGAUCCGAAGAGAGCUUGAAAUUAUGUGCCAUCUCAGACACCCCCACAUACUGCAAAUGUAUAGCUUCUUCUCAGACAGCGAACGCAUUUAUUUGGUCCUCGAAUUCGCUUAUCACGGCCAGAUGUACAGUGACCUUACUAGAAGUGGUAGAUUUAGUGAGGUUCGCUCAGCCACCUAUGUUUAUCAAUUAUGCGAUGCCCUUAUUUAUUGUCAUUCAAAACGAGUACUACAUCGCGAUAUUAAACCAGAAAAUCUUCUUCUGGGGAUUAAUAAGGAACUGAAACUUGCUGAUUUUGGGUGGUCAGUACAUGCCCCAUCACUAAGACGAAGAACAAUAUGUGGAACUUUGGAUUAUUUACCCCCAGAAAUGCUGUCUGGAAACACACAUGACGAACGGGUUGACAUUUGGGCGGUGGGUGUACUUUGUUACGAAAUGCUCUGUGGUAGUCCUCCUUUUGAACACGAACAACAUCAAGAGACUCACUCACGGAUAUGUGCUGUUAAAUAUAGUUUUCCCAGGGUCAUUUCUCCAAAUGCCCAGUCCCUUAUAAGUGCAGUAAGUGUACAAUUUAUGCUUUACUUCAACCUUUUGAAAGUUCUCGUUCCUAAGGAUUGA